GAGGAGAGAAAGGAGAAAGAAGUUAUGGGCUGAGUGGAAUAUGUGUAUGCUGAGAGCUCAGAGGAGGAAAAAUCUUCUUAGUACAUAACACGGAGACCCUGAGUCCAAGAGGCAUCAGAUGUCCAACAGCAGCUCCAUCACUGAGUUCCUCCUCCCGGCAUUCGCAGACACGUGGGAGCUGCAGCUCCUGCACUUCGCGCUCUUCCUGGGCAUCUACCUGGCUGCCCUCCUGGGCAACGGCCUCAUCCUCACUGCCAUAGCCUGCGACCACCGCCUCCACACCCCCAUGUACUUCUUCCUCCUCAACCUCACCCUCCUCGACCUGGGCUGCAUCUCCACCACUGUCCCCAAAGCCAUGGCCAAUUCCCUCUGGGACACCAGGGCCAUUUCCUACUCGGCAUGUGUUUCACAGGUCUUUCUUUUUUCCUUUCUGAUAUCAGCAGAGUAUUUUAUUCUCACCGUCAUGUCCUAUGACCGCUAUGUUGCCAUCUGCAAGCCCCUGCACUAUGGGAGCCUCCUGGGCAGCAGAGCUUGUGCCCAGAUGGCAGCAGCUGCCUGGGGCAGUGGGGCUCUCUAUGCUCUGCUGCACACAGCCAAUACAUUUUCCCUGCCCCUCUGCAGAGGAAAUACCCUGGACCAGUUCUUCUGUGAGAUCCCCCAGAUCCUGAAGAUCUCCUGCUCACGCUCCUACCUGAGGAGUUUUUGGGUGCUUGUGAUUGGUGUCUGGUUAACGUCCGUGUGCUUUGUUUUCAUUCUUUUUUCUUAUGUUCAGAUCUUCAGGGCUGUGCUGCGGAUGCCCUCAGAGCAGGGGCGACACAAAGCCUUUUCCACAUGCCUCCCUCACCUGUUUGUGGUCUCCCUGUUUAUCAGCACCUGCUUCUUUGCCUACCUGAAGCCCCCCUCCAUCUCCUCUCCAUCCCUAAACCUGGUGAUGGCAGUUCUGUACUCAGUGAUGCCUCCAACAUUGAAUCCCCUCAUCUACAGCAUGAGAAACAGGGAGCUCAAGUGGGCUAUUAGGAAAGUGACUUCAUGGAUGUUUCUGAAUAGUGACAAAUUUCCCCUCUUUUUCCAGAAAUGACUUAAUUUGGUACCUCCCCUCAGGCCUGGUCCAUCUUUCAUUGUCAAUAUUGUUAUUAUUCUCUUUGGUAUCAUUUGAUUUAUUGCGCUCUUAGAGUAAUAUCUCUUUUUCACCCUACUCCUGCUGGGGAUUGACACUUCUCUGUUUGCUCUUGAGGCUCUACAGAUAUGAGUCCAACAGAAGGUCAGAACUGACUCUUACAUAGGAUCUGCAAAAUAAAAUGGGAUCUCCACAAUGCACUGUCUGAAGGCUUGGCUGUUUCUUCAAGGUUUUUGCCAAGCUUUCCAGAAGCUUGUGUCACUUUCCAUCACCUAUCAGACACUUUCCAUCAUCUGUCAGUGAUCAUGGUCCUGCAAAGAGGUCGUGGUUGAGUAGUGACUUGCCCAUCUUUAAGAAGGGUCAUAAGGAGGACCCAGGGAACUACAGGCCUGUCAGCCUGACCUCGAUGCCAGGAAAGGUGAUG